AACGACGGUUUCGGAACUCUUAAAAGAGAUUUCGAAAAUCAAUCGGAGAAGAAGAAGAAGAAGAAGAUGGGAGCUAUUGGGAAGCUGAUCGAUGCGAUCCUAUUCGUAUGCUUCGCUCUAAUGGCGGUUAUCGGUCCGCUCAUCGACGGACAAACGGCGCUUCCCAAAUCAAUCUUCCCGGCGUUUCUCACCGAUCUGAAAACCAGUUACAUCGCCGAGUUCGGAGACUACUUGCUCAUGGAGAAGCCGCAUUUCCUCGUCGGACUCGUCUGGCAUGAGCUCGUGUUCUUGUGGCCGCUCUCGAUCGCUAACGUCUACGCGAUCCUCGCCGGAAAAUCGUGGUUCGGCACCACCUGCUUGCUUUACGGAGCUUCCCUCGUCACUUCCAUGGCUGCAAUCCUGGGAGAGAUGAUAGGUUCGGGGAAGGCAUCUGAGAGAUUGCUAAUGAUGUAUGUGCCUUUCAUGGGUAUUGGGGUUCUGGCUGUUCUUCGUGGUUUAGUCUCUAGUUCAACUAAGAGCACUGGAUCUGUUGGAAAGAGGUAUACUAUUAUGCCCAGGAGAAAGCUGGCGUAGAAGAGGUGUGUAUGUUUCUCAUUUGGGAUGGUUAUGCCCUUUUUUUGUUCUUUAUGCGUCUUUGGAUAACUUUGAAUAGCUGACCUAAAAAGAGGUGAUUUCUUGUGGUCUGGUUUCUUAUUCUACCAUAAGAUCCCCUGUUCUGGCCAGGAGAAAGCAUGCUUGAGGGUGAUUAUU